CAAUAAUCCUGCGUGCUACUACGUGCUUAGUUAAUCCCUCCGAUCGUAGCCAACAACCACAAUGGCGUCGUCCAACAAGUUCUGCACCGCCGCGCUCCUCCUCCUGCUGGCCGCCGUCAUUGCCACGACGGCCGACGCGGCGAAGAACAUCGUGUCGUCGGAGCCUCUUCCUAAGAAGAUUUGGCCGGCGAGGCAGGACGCGUCGGCGACGUGCGUGGGAUCGCUUCUGGCACUGAGCCCGUGCCUGGCCUUCUUCGAGGACGCUGGUAUGUCGGGGGCGCCGCAGGGGUGCUGCGAGGGUAUGGCCGGCAUCAUCCAGGACCAGGCGGCGUGCCUCUGCCACAUCAUCAACCACACCCUCGAGCGUGCCAUCGGCGUCGACAUCCCCAACGACCGCGCAUUCUCCCUCAUCGGCGACCUCUGCGGCCUCUCCCCGCCACAGGACAUCAUGGAGACCUGCGCCAACGGCCGUGAGGUGCCGCCGCUGUACGUUUGCCCGGCGCCAUCCGCCUGAUCCAUCCAGCUUCAUUAUCGUCGACACUCGAGAAGGUAGGAACCGAAGAUUAUCGGUCAGCUGCAAUAGUACCUCUUCGAAGUUGAUCGGCGACCUGCAUAUAUAUGAAUGCAACUUAUAUGAA